AUGUAUAGAAGAAAUAAUUUUAAUAGAGGAAAACCUUAUAGAAAGCCUUAAUAAUAAUAUUAAAAACAAAAUUAUUUUCAAAAGCAAGAACGCGCUCCUAUUAUUUAAGAUAAAUCAAUUUUAAAUGAUCCAAUAUUAUUUGACAAUCCACCAACUAAAAAAAUAAUCAAUAUUAUCAAUAAGAAAGAACCUGAUUAUAAAUAUAAGAAUGAAGACUUUUAAAAAAAUAAUAAAGAAAUCUAAAUAAAUGAUAAAAACAAAUUAUUAAAACUUAAUCACUUUAAAAAAAAUUAUGAUGAUAGGAGUCCUUAAAGUAAGAGCCUUUCACCUGAGAAUUCUUAUGAAAAUAAUUAUAUUGAUGAUAAUGAUGAUGAUUAAAAUAAUUAAAAAAUCAACAAUUAUCAAAAUAACAAAUAUAGUGAUCUAAAAGAGGAAAACAAUGAUAUAGAAAAAGUAUCACAAAAAUUAAAAAAUCUACUAAAUCCUGUCGAUGAUGAAAAAGAAGAAGAAAAUGGAGAUUAUGAUGAUGAUACUGAUGAAUAGGAUUAAAAUAAUUCAUAAGAAGAAAAUGAUUAAUAUGAUGAAGAUGGUGAAAUAGAAAAAAAUUAAAAAUAAGAUUCAGAAUAAGAUGAUUAAUAAAGGGAUGAUGAAUAUUCAGAUGAGAAUGAUCAAUCAGAAGGAGGAAGAGAUAAUAUGGAUGAUAAUAUGGAUGAUGAUAUGGAUGAUGAUAUGGAUGAUGAUAUGGAUGAUGAUAUGGAUGAUGAUAAUUAAAAUGAUUUUGAUGAUUACGAUGAUUAUGAUGAUCAAAUUGAAGAUAGAGUGAAAUCACCAGUAAAAUAGCCAAGAUUGGCUGAAAGCUCAAAAAGGAUGUUAGCUUUUCAAAUGAGAAGAAUAAUUCCAUCUUUACCGAGAGAAUUUGGUCAAAACAUUUAAAAAGAUGAAAAAGCUAAAAAAAUACCUGACUAAUUUAAUUAUUAAUCAUAAAAUUAAACAAAUGAAUUAAGGCAAACAUAAAAUAAAGAUUAGAUCAACGAAAAGCUUAUUGCCAAAAGGAAAGAACUAUAAUUGAAAUAUACUGAACAAUAAUAAUAAUAAUAAUAGUAAUAAUAAUAAUAAUAAUAAUAAUAAUAAUAAUAAUAAUAAUAAUAAUAAUAAUAAUAAUAAUAAUAAUAAUAAUAAUAAUAAUAAUCAUAUUUUAAAAAUCUAUAAAAUGAAAUUGAUGCAAAUAGUUGGAAAAUCCCAUAAUUUUCUUAAAAUCUUUAACCUAUAUCACAUAAUACUGGAGCAAAUACAAUAAAAUAUAAUUGUGAAGUGAAAUGGAAAAAUUUUCAAUUCAUAGAUUCAAUGUGCACUCAAUAAAAUAUAUAAGAUGCUAUCAAUCUAAAUAUGUUUGAUAGCACAUUUGAAGUUGAUAAGAAUUAUUAGUUAAAUACUUCUUUAAUUGUUAAAUAAUAUAUAAGACCGAAUUAAGGGAAAUUAGAAACAAUUUUUAGAUCAGAUGUAGGAAUGAUGUUAUCAAUUCAAAGAUUACAUUAAAUAUUUUGUGACAGAUAGAAAAGAAAAAAAAAUGGUUAGCUAGUGAACAUUGUGGAAAUCUUUUAAUACAUUUCUGAUAGAUUUAGGGCUUUAAGUACAGAGCUAAAGCAAAUAGAAUCAGAAAAUAGUAAUAUUUAUAUAUUUAGGAUCCAGUAUCUCGAAUAGCUAAGUAAAAUAAUUUAGUUGUUAAAUAGUCCGAAUUUAUCUGCUGUCAUAUUUAGAGAUGAUGUAGGCAGAUUAAAGUUGCCCAUUAAUAUAACAGAAUAAAUUUAAUUGUAAUAAGUAUCUGAUUGAUGCACUUGAUGAUUUAGCAAUUGAUUAUAAAAUACUAUUUAAUGAAAUGUAUGUAAUCAGUUGAUUUAUUAUUAUAGCAACGAUAGUAGAUUUUACUUGUUGGAUAAUCUACCAGAGUUUAUUUCUUAUUACCAUAUUAUGCUAUCUUAAAAGAUUCUUUCAACUAACUCUAUUUAAAAGUUGGCAAAUUUGGAUAAUAUUAUUUUUUCAGAAUUUAAAUAUUUUGAAAAAUUAAUAAAAACAUCUGAAUAUUAAUUUUGUUAGUUGAUGAAGGAAUACUUAAUUUAGAAAAAUUAUAGUGCUUUGCUUGAUCUUGGAUAAAAUAGUAACAUUACUUUAUUUUAACAAUUUUUUAUAUAUUUAUUUUAAGACCAAAUAGAAUAAUGCCUAGAGAAAUUUAAACAAUAAAAGAUAUUUCAGAAUGAAAAACCUAAUAUAAAUUUAAUUAAUAUAGGAUCUAUCUAUCAAAAAUGGAUUUAAAUAGAAGAUAAAAUAUAAUUCAUUAAUUCAAAAGGAAAUUUUUCAAAAAUUAUUUUUGAAUAAGGACCAAUUGAAAAUAUUAAUUAUUAUUUACGUGAUUAAAAAUCUAAUCAAUAAGAAUUUUAAUAAGAAAUGUUAAAAUAGAAAUCCUAAUAAAUAGAUUAACAAACAAAAAAGAUGAAAUCAUCAAUUUAAGAAAUUUUGCUUUAAUUUUGUUAAAAGAGGGUUUUAAACAAAUUUACUAAAUUUUUAGCUCCUCAUUUAGAUAAGGUUGAUUAAUAAUUAGGAAAUUUUUAUAAAAUGCAAAGAAUUUUGAAACAUUGGAGAUUAAGUACUUUAACUGAAAAGAGAUACAAAUAAUUUGUGGAAUUGUGUAGAUAAAAAAAUAAAGAAAAUAUAAAAAAAUAAAUAAAAAUAAUAGAACAAUCUAAUUUUAGAAUCGAUUUAUCAAGAAAAUUAAUCAAACAAAAUGCAGAUAAAAAAAAUCUAUAUUAUAAAAUUGUCAUUUUAAAUAAUGAUGAAAAUCAUCAAUAAUUGGUUUCUAAGUUAAUUUUUACUUUAUGCAAUUAAUAACAUACAUCAUAAGAUGAUUCAAUAAUUAUAGAAUCCAAUAUUACAUCUUAAAAAAAUAUAUAUAAAUUGUACAUGAGCAUUUAAAUUUUAUAAAAUUUAGAAAAAGAACGAAUAUGUGGAGCUGAUAUUUUUAUUGUUAUUGGAGACAUUCUAAAAGUAAAUGUAGCCAAACCCUGUUUAUAAAUUGUUUUUGAUUAAAAAUACUAAAAUGAAAAUUUAGAUACUAUAUAAGUGGAUUAUGAGUACAUUGCAUUAUUUGAUAAACUUUAUGAAAGCUUUGAAUUUUAUAAUAAAUUAAAUGAAAUAGUUGAUAAAGGAUUAAAAAAUAAAUAAGCAACAGAAGAUUUAAAAUUAAUCUCUUUGGGUGAUUAUUUCAAAGAAAUAUAAAGGACAGAAUGUGAAGACUAUAAGAAGGAUUAAAUUGAAUAUUUUAUUACUAGAUGUGUCUAGGCAGAAUUAUGCUUAGAAGAUGCAUUAAAUAAUAAUAUCUAUUCAGAUGAUUUUCCUUAAGAAUUACUAUUUGAUAGAUACGUAGAUCAAGAACUCAUUUUAAAAUAUGUUUCUAAAGUACUACUUGGUUGUCAUAAUUUUAGUUCAAUCCAGCAAAUAGAUUAAUGAUACCUCUCUGUAAUUAAAUCUAGAAGAAUAUGAUAAAUGAAAGAGUAUUAUUAAACACGAUAAAAGAUUAUUUAGAUGAAUACUUAGAUGAAGAAGCAUUAUUAGCUUUAUUAACCAAAAAUUUCAAAUUUGGAAAUAAUAUCUAAGGAGACUGGAAGUUGUUAUUUGAAUUCAUUAUGGAGGAGUUGGUGUAGUAUCUUGAGAAUUCUGAUAUAUAUUUUGUAUUGAAAAGAAGCUACAACACAAUUUUAGAUCAAAAUAAAUUGAAAAACAGAGUUCAAUAGGAUGUACAACAACUUCUUAAGAAGGAUUCAAAUUAACAACAGAAUAGUCAAAAUAUAUCGUGUGAUUUAAUAAAAAAAAAAGUUUGCAAAUGA